ACUGCUUCUCCCCGGCUCGGGGCGCCGAGGCGGCGUCGGGGAGGUGUCCAACAUGGAGGAGGCGCCGGCCGCGGGCGUCACCUGCGAACGGGACUAAUCCCCGCCUGGCGCUCCGGCCGGCAGUGCCGGCUCCCGAGCCCCGGGGCUCCGUCGCCUGCACACCCCGCGGCGGACUCCGGCUCCGGCUGCGCGCUUCCAGACGCGGACGUCCGCAGCGCGAGGAGGGAGCGCGGCGGCCCCGAGUCUCCCCGAGCCAUGGGCAACGAGGCGAGCUUGGAAGGGGAAGGGCUCCCUGAAGGACUGGUGGCGGCGGCGGCAGCGGCCGGAGCAGGGGCUGGCGGGGCGGGGAGCCCCUUGCACACUGGGAUCCCGGCCGGCAUGGAGGCGGAUCUGAGCCAGCUGAGCGAAGAGGAGAGGAGACAGAUAGCCGCUGUCAUGUCAAGGGCGCAUGGGCUGCCCAAGGGAAGCGUUCCCCCGGCCGCUGCGGAGUCGCCUUCCAUGCACAGGAAACAAGAGCUGGAUAGUAGUCACCCUCCAGUGCAACCGGGCAAAACACUGGGCCCUGGGCGUCCAGCUCAGCCUGGCCUCAGUAAAAGCAGAACUACAGAUACUUUGAGAUCAGAGCAGAAACUGCCUGGAAGGAGUCCUUCCACAAUCAGCUUGAAAGAAUCAAAGUCCAGAACUGAUUUUAAGGAAGAGCACAAGUCUAGUAUGAUGCCUGGCUUCCUCUCAGAGGUUAACCCUCUAAGUGCUGUGUCCUCUGUUGUAAAUAAAUUCAAUCCUUUUGAUUUGCUAUCAGACUCUGAUGUAUCCCAAGAAGAAGCCACCAAGAAACAGAAAUUAGCUCAGAAGGAACAAGGAAAACCUGAAGGAAUCAUAAAGCCUCCAUCACAACAGUCACCCAAGCCGGGUCCUAAGCAGCAAGGACCUGUGAGGGCCCCAUUGGAGCAGGAUGGCCCUCCCAAGUCGGUAUCUUCUCAGCAACCAGAGAAGAUGAAAACACAGCCUCCAGGGACAGGAAAGUCAGUUCAGGGGCCUCCCCAGCCUCCUCAGACAGACCAGGCAAAACUGCCACUUCAGAGAGAUGCAGCGAUACCUCAGACUAAACAGUCAGACACGGUCAGAGGAGAAUCGGUUAAACCCUCAGUGCAAAGCCCAUCCAAACCACCUCUUCAGCAAGCAAGUCCUGGGAAACCUCCAGCCCAGCAGCCUGGACCUGAAAAACUUUCCACACCACAACCUGGGUCUGCAAAACCUUCAGCAGCAAAGGCUUCAGCCCAGCCACCAGGAACUGCAAAGCCUGCCAUUCAGCAGCCUGGGCCAAAGUCUGUAGCACAGCCUCCUGCAAAGGCCCCAGUGCAACAGCCAGGGCCACCGAAAUCUCCAGCUCACCACCCUGGCCCAGCAAAGGCGAUGGCUCAGCAGCCUGGGCCAGGAAAGACUCCUGCUCAACAGGUUGGCCCAGCAAAGCUCCCAGCUCAGCAGCCCGGCCCGGCAAAGCCCCCACCUCAGCAGCCCAGCCCGGCAAAGCCCCCACCUCAGCAGCCCAGCCUGGCAAAGCCCCCACCUCAGCAGCCCAGUCCGGCAAAGCCCCCACCUCAGCAACCCAGCCCGGUGAAGCCUCUUCCUCAGCAGCCCGGCCCGGCGAAGCCCCCACCUCAGCAACCCGGCCCGGCAAAGCCCCCUCCUCAGCAGCCUAGCCCGGCGAAGCCCCCACCUCAGCAGCCCGGCCCAGCAAAGCCCCCUCCUCAGCAGCCUGGCCCGGCGAAACUCCUUCCUCAGCAAUCUAUAAAACCAGUAAGCCAAAUAGGAGCUGGGAAACCUCUGCUGCCACUAACUUCUCCAUCUGCAGCACAGACUCCAGUACAAGGCCUCCCUAAAACCAUCUGUCCUCUUUGCAAUACCACUGAACUUCUGUCGCAUGUUCCAGAAAAGGCCAAUUUUAACACAUGCACUGGGUGUCAAACUACUGUCUGUAGCCUCUGUGGUUUCAAUCCCAAUCCUCACUUAACUGAGGUAAAAGAGUGGCUCUGUUUAAACUGUCAGAUGCAAAGAGCUCUAGGAUGUGAUCUGGCUCCAGUUCCAUCAUCACCCCAACCCAAACCGAAGACUGCCCCUGUUAUUUCUACAUCAGCAGUGAGCAAACCAUCCCCACAGUCACAGCAGGUUUCUCCAAAGAAGGAUACUGCACCCCAACAGGGUAUCUCAAAAGCCCCUGAGUCUAAAAAGCCCCCACCACUAGUGAAACAGCCAACCCUUCGCGGUUCUCCCCCAGUCACGGCCAAGCAAACUCCUGUGGCAGAGUCUGCAUCCAAGCCAGACCCUCUCAAAGAGCCUUCUGUCCCACCUGAGGAGGCCAAGGUCCCCACAGCCAGUGAUAAACCACAGCAGCCCAAGACAGCAAAGCCAACCAGCGACUUUGUGUCCUUGUCGUCAACAGUGGUGAAACCUGGUACUCCAGGCUCUGAGGCACCAUCUCAGGAUCAAGAGAUAACACCCUGUCCUCUAAAAACAGACUCUGCCAAACCCUCACAGAGUUUUCCACCACCUGGAGAAAGAGUCACCUCAUUCGAUUCUAAAGUCAUUCCUCGACCUGCAUCGGAUUUGAAAAUUAUUUCACAUCCUGGGCCUGGUUCAGAGAGCACAGGUCAAAAACACGUAGAUCUGGUUCAGAAGAAGGAAGAACCCAAGAAAGCACAAACCAAGACGAGCCCCAAGCCAGUGAUCAAAGGGUCCCCGACACCUCCAGGCCCACGACCUACCCCUGGACAAACUGCCCCCAAGGUUCAGCAGCCUCCAAAGCCUCAGGAGCAGUCGAGACGUUUCAGUCUGAAUUUGGGAAGUAUUACUGAUGCCCCUAAAUCACAGCCCACAACUCCUCAAGAAACUGUGACUGGGAAGCUCUUUGGGUUUGGAGCAUCAAUCUUCAGCCAGGCAUCAAAUUUAAUAGCCACUGCAGGCCAGCCGGGGUCUCAUUCACAGAGUGGGCCAGGAGCCCCAACAAAACAAGGCCCUGCACCUCCACAGCCAGCUCCUCCUCAGGGGCCACCCAAGUCCGCAGCACAGGGACCACCAGCACCUGCAAAGGUCAUGCCUGUGAAAAAGGAAACAAAGGCUCCAGUAGCUGAAAAAUUAGAACCCAAAGCUGAACAAGUUCCAAUGGUAAAAAGAACAGAAACAGAAAAGAAGCCUCCACCCAUUAAGGAUAGCAAACCUUUGGCAGCUGAGCCUCAAAAGGCUGCCCUUCCCUCCAAACUGGAGAAAAGCCCCAAACCAGAAUCAGCCUGUCCUCUCUGCAAAACUGAAUUGAACAUAGGUUCCAAGGAUCCUCCUAACUUCAGUACUUGCACUGAAUGCAAGAAUCAAGUAUGUAACCUCUGUGGAUUUAACCCUACACCACACUUGACAGAGAUUCAAGAAUGGCUUUGUUUAAAUUGCCAAACCCAGAGAGCAAUAUCAGGACAGCUUGGGGACUUAGGCAAAAUGCCACCUACACAGUUGGGACCAAAAGCCUCUCCUCUGCCUGUCCCUACAGAGCAGCCAUCUCAGAAAACAGCAACAGCUGCCCAAGCAAACGUGAAAAAGAAGGAACAAGAAGUAAAAUCAGACGCUGAAAAAGUCAUUCCAGAAAAAGUAAAAGAAAUACCAUCAAUUGAAAAAAUUACUCCUAAGGUAACCACAGAUCAAAAACAAGAAGAAGGUAAACCAGAGAAAGACAAAACUUCAGCCCCUCAAGAAAAAAAGUCACUCCCUGAAGACAAAAAGCCACCCCCAGGAGCAAAAACAUCAGCUUUAGAGGAGGACCAGAAACAUGUCUUACCCCAAACUGAAGUACAGAUUCUUGAAGAAAAACCUGAAGCCAGAGUGGCUGCGCAGGCAGGGCAAGAAGAGAAAAGACCCCAGACUGAGACAGAAGAUAAGCCCUGUGCAGCAGCUCAGAGUCGACCUCAGAAAGGUGAUUCCACCACCCCCAAAAUAAAAGAGCCACAGGCAGCAAGCAGGGCAAAGCCUGAUGGAGGGGAACCUGGGAAAGAAAAGACAGAAAAGGAAGAUGACAAAUCAGAAACUUCAAGUUCUCAGCAGCCGAAAAGCCCACAAGGUCUGAGUGACACAGGAUAUUCUUCUGAUGGAAUAUCAAGCUCACUUGGUGAAAUUCCAAGUCUUAUUCCAAGUGAUGAAAAGGAUUUACUCAAGGGACUCAAAAAGGACUCUUUUUCACAAGAAAGCAGCCCUUCCAGCCCCUCAGAUUUGGCUAAGUUGGAAAGUACAGUUCUAUCCAUUUUGGAAGCUCAGGCAAGUACACUUGCCGACAAAAGGUCAGAAAAGAAAACACCACCUCGUGAGGUUUCUCCUGAGCAGCCCAAGGACCAACAGAAAACUCAGAGUCUAUCUGAAACGCUGGAAACUACAACUUCAGAAGAGGAGCUCAAAGAGAGUCAGGAAGAAAAAGACACUCCUAAAAAAGAUAGCCAACGAGACAGUCCUUCCCAAAGGGACCAAGAAGAGAGGUCUGAGUUUGUUGAUGAUGUAGCUACAAGAAGACAGCCUUAUGAUUCUGUUGAAGAGAGCAGUGAAAGCGAAAACUCACCUGUUAUACAAAGAAAACGGAGAACGAGUAUUGGUUCAUCAAGCAGUGAUGAGUACAAACAGGAGGAUAGUCAAGGAUCAGGUGAAGAGGAAGACUUUAUUCGAAAACAAAUCAUAGAAAUGAGUGCUGAUGAAGAUGCUUCAGGUUCUGAAGAUGAAGACUUCAUUAGGAACCAGCUCAAAGAGAUUAGUAGUAGUAUUGAGAGCCAGAAGAAGGAAGAAGCAAAGGGUAAGGUGAAAGUCACAGCAGGGAAACACAGGCGACUGACUCGAAAAAGUAGUGCAAGCUUUGAUGAGGAUGCAGGCAGACGCCACUCAUGGCAUGAUGAAGAUGAUGAGACCUUUGAUGAAAGUCCUGAACUUAAAUACAGAGAAACUAAAAGCCAGGAGAAUGAAGAACUUGUAGUUGCUGGAGGAGGAGGCCUCCGUCGAUUCAAAACGAUAGAACUCAACAGCACAAUAGCAGAUAAAUAUUCUGCAGACUCAUCACAGAAAAAAACAACUUUGUAUUUUGAUGAAGAGCCAGAAUUAGAAAUGGAAAGCUUGACAGACUCUCCAGAAGACAGGUCAAGGGGAGAGGGAUCCUCUAGUCUUCAUGCUUCCAGCUUCACUCCUGGCACAUCCCCUACAUCAGUGUCUUCUCUGGAUGAGGACAGUGACAGCAGCCCAAGUCACAAAAAAGGAGAGAGCAAACAGCAACGCAAAGCUCGGCACAGACCUCAUGGCCCUCUUUUACCUACUAUUGAAGAUUCUUCAGAGGAAGAAGAAUUGAGAGAGGAAGAAGAAUUAUUAAAGGAGCAAGAAAAGCAGCGAGAAUUAGAACAGCAACAAAGAAAGAGCUCUAGUAAGAAAUCAAAGAAAGACAAAGAUGAACUUCGAGCUCAGAGAAGGAGGGAAAGACCAAAGACACCACCCAGUAACCUGUCUCCCAUUGAAGAUGCAUCUCCAACAGAAGAAUUACGUCAGGCUGCAGAAAUGGAGGAGCUCCAUCGAUCUUCUUGUUCUGAAUAUUCACCUAGCAUAGAGUCAGACCCAGAAGGUUUUGAAAUAAGCCCAGAGAAAAUAAUAGAAGUGCAAAAAGUUUAUAAAUUGCCCACAACUGUGUCUUUAUACUCACCAACAGAUGAGCAAUCUAUUAUGCAGAAAGAAGGUAGCCAAAAGGCAUUAAAAAGUGCUGAGGAGAUGUAUGAAGAAAUGAUGCAUAAAUCCCACAAAUAUAAAGUUUUUCCAGCUGCAAAUGAACGAGAUGAAAUGUUUGAAAAAGAGCCUUUGUAUGGUGGGAUGUUAAUAGAGGAUUAUAUUUAUGAGUCUUUAGUAGAGGACACUUACAAUGGUUCAGUAGAUGGCAGUCUGCUUACGAGGCAAGAAGAAGAAAAUGGGUUUAUGCAGCAGAGAGAGAGAGAGCAAAAAAUAAGUCUUCCAGAACAGAUUUAUGAAGAUCCUAUGCAGAAAAUUACAGACCUCCAGAAAGAGUUUUAUGAGUUAGAAAGCUUACAUUCUGUUGUGCCUCAAGAAGACAUUGUUUCGAGCUCUUAUAUCAUUCCAGAAAGCCAUGAGAUAGUAGACCUGGAUAGUAUGGUAACUUCUACCAGUGAAGAAAAAAAAUUGUUAGAUGCUGAUGCUGCAUAUGAAGAACUCAUGAAAAGGAAACAGAUGCAACUAACACCUGGAUCCAGUCCACCCCAGGCCCCCAUCAGGGAUGAUAUGACAGAGUCCACUGUGGACUUUGACAGGGCACCUGAUGCAUCUUUGACAUCGAGUGUCCUCUCAGGAGCAUCUCUUACAGAUUCAACCAGCAGUACAACACUCUCUAUCCCAGAUGUUAAAAUAACCCAACAUUUUUCAACAGAAGAAAUUGAGGAUGAAUAUGUAACUGAUUAUACAAGAGAAAUACAAGAGAUAAUUGCCCAUGAAUCACUGAUGUUGACCUACUCUGAGCCUUCAGAAAGUGCUACAUCUGUCCCACCCUCUGACACACCCUCUCUCACAUCAUCUGUUUCUUCAGUUGGUACCACAGAUAGCUCCUCACCCAUUACUACCCUGGAUAGCAUAACCACAGUUUAUACAGAGCCAGUGGACAUAGUAACUAAAUUUGAAGAUUCUGAGGAAAUUUCUUCAUCAACAUAUUUUCCAGGCAGCAUUAUAGACUACCCAGAAGAAAUAAGUAUAUCCUUAGAUCGGACUACCAUACCAACCAGUGCUGAUCAUAUUGUAGUUUCAGUAUCUGAUAUGGAACCUUCUAUCAUAGAAUCUGUAGAAACUAAACCAGAGAGGCUAAUUGCUGACACUAUUCCCACUGACUUUUCUGUGUGUGAAAAAGAGCUAGUGAAGAAAGCCAAGAAGGAGGCUGGAAAUGGAAUUAUUCUGGAAGUUUUGGAAGCUUACAUAGAUAAAAGGAAAGAGUCUGAGGAUGAACUAACAAAAAUUAUCCUAUCUGAAACUAUGUUUGAUCGACCACCUUCUUCUGUAACAGCCCUUCCUGUGAAGGAGCAGGUUUCAACUACAUGCUUUGUAUCUGAAGAGGUCUUUGAUCAAGCAAAACCUCCUUUUCAGUUGCCAUCUGGCAGUCCUUCUGUUUCCUCUCUUCCAACUAAGACUCGCCCAUUGUUUCGAAGUUCUUCUUUGGACACAUCAGCCCAACCUCCUCCCCCUCCUCCCCCUCCCCCGCCUCCCCCACCUCCUCCUCCCCCCUUCUCCCCUCCACCUCCACCCCCACCUCCUCCUCCCCCGCCUCCUCCUCCCCCACCUCUUCCUCCACCAACCUCACCUAAACCAACUAUUCAUCCUAGGAAAAAGCUAACCGUGACAGCUACACCUCCAAGUGAUACUGUCACUGCAGGAGAAACCACAGCUGCUCCAAGGAGUAAUGGGUUACCAGCAACAAAAAUAUGUCCCACUGCACCUCCUCCUGUUCCUCCUAAGCCAUCUUCAAUUCCAUCUGGACUUGUAUUUACACAUAGACCUGAGCCAAGCAAACCUCCAAUUGCUCCUAAGCCAGCAGUUCCUCCGCUUCCAGUAACCACACAAAAACCAACAGAUGCACACCCCAAACCAACAGGUCUAUCUUUAACUUCAGAUAUGACAUUGAAUUUAGUGACUUCAGCAGAUUAUAAAUUGCCUUCCCCUACCUCCCCACUUUCCCCUCACUCUAACAAGUCUUCACCAAGAUUUUCCAAAUCCCUCAUGGAAACUUAUGUGGUUAUCACAUUGCCAUCUGAACCUGGGACUCCAACAGAUUCUUCAACUUGUCAAGGAAUUACCAGUUGGCCCCUGGGAUCACCCUCCAGAGAUCUGAUUUCCAUUGAACCAGUGUUUUCUGUAGUUCCUCCUAUGACAGCUGCCGAAAUUUCAAGUUCUUCAGAAAAAAACCUGUACAUCUCAGGAGCUUUGGAGACAUUUUCUGCUAUUCCUGUCACAACACUACCUUCAUUUCAAGUGGCCCCAACUUCAGUUACACAGUUUCUCACAACUGAAGUUACUAAGACUGAGGUUUCAGCAGCCAGAAGUGCAAUCCCUACUGCUAGUCUCAGCAGCAUCUCUUUAUCAAUUCCUCCAGAACCGCUUGCUCUAGAUACCCUACAUUUAGAGAAGCAUCAGCAUAAAGAAAAUGGAAAGAUGCAGCUUGUUGGCGAUGCCAUUGAUUUGCGUACAGUACCAAAGGCAGAAGCUAAAGGAACUGAAGAAUGUAUGGAUCUUUCUGCUUCUGCAAUGGAGGUAAAAAGACAGACCUCAACAAGUGACAUUUAUGGGAGACAAAUCAGUGCUGUCCAACCCUCUGUAAUAAAUCUCAGUGUAACUUCAUCAGUUGUGACUCCAGUAUCCCUGACCACCGAGACAGUAACUGUGGUCACAGCUAGUGCAAGUUACACCAUGGGUACAGAAAGGCUAGAGGGUAGAGAACAUGUGGCACCAACACCAGUCCAGCUCACUGCAUUGAAACAUGCUGAGCCCCCAUCCAGAAUACAAAGUGGGCAAGCCUUUUCUGCAGUUAGGGAGGAAGCACCGAUAAACUUAUCCGUAGGUCCUUCAGCACGUGCAGUCACACUGGUGAUUACAAAACCUGCUACUGCACCUCCUGUUGGUGUCACAAAUGGAUGGACUGACAGCACCACAGCCCAGGCCAUCACUGAUGGAGAAGUAGUGGAUCUCAGUACAACAAAGUCUCACAGAACUGUUGUAACAAUGGAUGAAUCUGCUUCAAGUAUGGUAACAAAAAUAAUAGAAGAUGAAGAAAAACCUGUUGAUCUGACUGCAGGAAGGAGAGCUGUAUGCUGCGAUGUGGUUUAUAAGCUGCCCUUUGGAAGGAGCUGCACAGCACAACAGCCUGCAACUACUCUCCCUGAGGACCGUUUUGGUUAUAGGGAUGACCACUAUCAAUAUGAUCGAUCAGGGCCAUAUGGUUAUAGAGGGAUUGGGGGAAUGAAACCUUCCAUGUCAGACACUAAUUUAGCAGAAGCUGGACAUUUUUUCUAUAAAAGUAAGAAUGCUUUUGAUUAUUCUGGAGGAACUGAUGCAGCAGUAGAUCUAACUUCAGGGAGAAUUACUACAGGUGAGGUAAUGGAUUAUUCAAGCAAGACUACAGGUUCCUAUCCAGAAACACAACAAGUCAUUUCAGAAGUUGGGGUUGGUACUCCACAGUAUUCCACAGCAAGAAAGACUCCACCUCCAGGUCCCCAGUAUGGUGUGGGGAGUGUUUUGAGGUCAUCUAAUGGUGUUGUCUAUUCUUCAGUAGCAACUCCAGUUCCCUCUACAUUUGCUAUCACCACACAACCUGGCUCCAUUUUCAGCACCACAGUGAGGGAUUUGUCUGGCGUGCACCCAGCUGAUGCAGUGACUUCACUCUCCGCCCUGCACCAGAACCAGCCAAUGCCUAGAUCAUAUUUCCUAGCAACAGGUGCAUCAGAAACAGACGUUGCAGUAUCUGGUAUUGAUAUCAAUGCCAGUUUGCAAACUAUUGCUAUGGAAACUCUUACUGCAGAGACAAUAGACUCACUUCCCACUUUAACCACAGCGUCUGAAGUGUUUUCUGAAGUGGUGGGAGAUGAAAGUACUAUUUUAAUUGUCCCUGAAGAAGAUAAACAACAGCAGCAGCUAGACUUGGAGCGUGAGCUCUUGGAACUGGAGAAAAUUAAGCAACAGCGUUUUGCUGAGGAAUUGGAGUGGGAACGUCAGGAAAUACAAAGGUUCCGAGAACAAGAAAAGAUCAUAGUUCAAAAAAAGCUGGAGGAGCUUCAGUCUAUGAAGCAGCACCUUCUCUAUCAGCAAGAAGAAGAGCGUCAAGCACAGUUCAUGAUGAGGCAGGAGACCUUAGCUCAGCAGCAGUUACAGCUCGAGCAGAUCCAACAGCUACAGCAACAGCUUCAGCAGCAGCUAGAGGAGCAGAAGAUUCGCCAGAUCUACCAGUUUAACUAUGACCCUUCUGGGACUGCUUCUCCACAGACCACUGCAGAGCAGGCAGUUUUGGAAGGCCAGUAUGCUGCCCCAGAGGGUGGUCAGUUUUGGGCGGCUGAAGAUACAACCACGACAGCCUCAGCUGUUGUGGCGAUUGAAAUACCACAGAGCCAAGGGUGGUACACAGUUCAGUCUGAUGGGGUUACACAAUACAUCGCCCCACCUGGCAUCCUGAGUACUGUUUCAGAAAUACCUCUAACAGACGUUGUUGUAAAAGAUGAAAACCAACCCAAAAAGAGAAGCUCUGGAGCUAAAGUCCGUGGACAGUACGAUGAGCGAGGGGAAACCACAGCAGAGGAUCCCCGCUGCUUUAAGAAGAUAGUGGACAGUGGUGUACAAACUGACGACGAAGAUGCGGCAGAUCGGAACUAUGUGAGUAGGAGAAGGAGAACUAAAAAGAGUGUUGAUACAAGUGUCCAAACUGACGAUGAAGAUCAGGAUGAGUGGGAUAUGCCUGCUAGAUCAAAGAGAAAAGCUCGUGUAGGGAAAUACGGUGACAGCAGUACAGAGGCUGACAAGACCAAACCCCCUUCCAAGGUCUCCAGUGUAGCAGUUCAAACAGUAGCAGAGAUAUCUGUGCAAACCGAACCAGUUGGAACCAUAAGAACACCUUCAAUACGAGCACGUGUGGAUGCCAAGGUAGAAAUAAUUAAACACAUUUCAGCUCCUGAAAAGACUUACAAAGGGGGCAGUUUAGGAUGUCAAACAGAAGCAGAUUCAGACACACAAAGUCCUCAAUAUCUGAGUGCCACAUCUCCACCCAAAGACAAGAAACGCCCAACACCUUUAGAGAUCGGUUAUUCAUCUCACCUUCGGGCAGAUUCCACAUUACAGCUGGCUCCAUCCCCACCCAAAUCUCCAAAAGUCCUUUAUUCACCCAUCUCACCACUUUCACCAGGCAAAGCCUUAGAAUCAGCCUUUGUACCUUAUGAAAAACCCCUCCCUGAUGAUGUAAGUCCACAGAAAGUACUGCAUCCAGACAUGGCCAAAGUUCCCCCAGCAAGUCCUAAGACAGCCAAGAUGAUGCAGCGGUCCAUGUCUGACCCCAAGCCUCUGAGUCCAACAGCAGAUGAAAGUUCCAGGGGUCCUUUUCAGUAUACCGAGGGCUACACGACAAAAGGUUCCCAAACCAUGACACCCUCUGGCUCCCAGAAAAAAGUUAAGAGAACCCUGCCAAACCCACCUCCUGAGGAGACCAGUGCCGGAGCCCAGGCUGCAUACAGCACUGUGGGCACGGUUUCCAGGAGAAGGAUCUGCAGAACCAACACUAUGGCACGGGCCAAGAUUCUCCAGGAUAUAGACAGAGAGCUUGAUCUUGUGGAGAGGGAAUCUGCAAAACUUAGAAAGAAACAAGCCGAACUUGAUGAGGAAGAAAAGGAGAUCGAUGCCAAGUUAAGGUACCUGGAAAUGGGAAUUAACAGGAGGAAAGAGGCAUUAUUAAAGGAGCGAGAGAAGAGGGAGCGAGCCUACCUCCAGGGUGUAGCCGAAGAUCGGGAUUACAUGUCUGACAGUGAGGUGAGCAGCACCAGACCAGCCCGAAUGGAAAGUCAGCAUGGCGUGGAGCGCCCAAGAACGGCCCCCCAAACAGAAUUCAGCCAGUUUAUACCACCACAGACCCAAACAGAAUCUCAACUCGUUCCUCCAACGAGUCCUUAUACACAAUACCAAUACUCUUCCCCUGCUCUUCCUACACAGGCACCCACCCCGUACACCCAACAAUCCCAUUUUCAGCAACAAACAUUAUACCAUCAGCAAGUUUCACCUUAUCAGACUCAGCCGUCAUUCCAAGCUGUGGCAACAAUGUCCUUCACUCCUCAAGCUCAACCUACACCAGCCCCACAACCAUCUUAUCAGCUACCAUCACAGAUGAUGGUGAUACAACAAAAGCCACGUCAAACCACACUGUAUUUGGAGCCCAAGAUAACUUCAAACUAUGAGGUGAUUCGCAACCAACCGCUGAUGAUAGCGCCUGUUUCUACUGAUAAUACAUACGCUGUUUCCCAUCUUGGUAGUAAGUACAAUAGCUUAGACUUGAGAAUAGGAUUGGAGGAAAGAAGUAGCAUGGCGAGCAGCCCCAUAUCCAGCAUAUCAGCAGAUUCUUUCUAUGCAGAUAUUGACCAUCACACUCCACGAAACUAUGUCCUAAUCGAUGACAUUGGGGAGAUUACCAAAGGAACAGCAGCAUUAAGCACUGCAUUUAGCCUUCAUGAGAAAGAUCUAUCAAAAACAGACCGUCUCCUUAGAACCACUGAAACACGUAGGUCUCAAGAGGUGACAGAUUUUCUAGCACCUUUGCAGACUUCCUCCAGAUUACAUAGUUAUGUAAAAGCAGAGGACGAUCCAAUGGAAGAUCCUUAUGAGUUAAAGCUCCUGAAACAUCAGAUUAAACAAGAAUUCCGUAGAGGAGCAGAGAGCUUAGAUCACCUGGCUGGUCUUUCUCAUUAUUACCAUGCCGAUACCAGCUACAGACAUUUCCCAAAAUCUGAAAAGUACAGCAUCAGUAGGCUCACACUGGAGAAACAGGCAGCAAAGCAGCUGCCAGCAGCCAUCCUGUACCAAAAGCAGUCAAAGCAUAAGAAAUCACUAAUGGACCCUAAAAUGUCAAAAUUUUCCCCUAUUCAAGAAAGUAGAGACCUUGAACCUGAUUAUUCGACCUACAUGACUUCUAGCACUUCAUCUAUUGGUGGCAUUUCCUCCAGAGCAAGGCUUCUUCAAGAUGAUAUCACUUUUGGCCUUAGGAAAAAUAUUACAGACCAGCAGAAAUUUAUGGGGUCUUCUCUUGGUUCAGGACUGGGCACAUUAGGAAAUACCCUACGGUCGGCUCUGCAGGAUGAAGCAGAUAAGCCGUACGGUAGUGGCAGCAGGUCCAGACCGUCUUCCAGACCUUCUUCUGUCUAUGGGCUCGAUUUAUCAAUUAAAAGAGAUUCUUCCAGCUCUUCCCUAAGACUGAAAGCUCAAGAGGCUGAAGCUCUAGAUGUUUCCUUCAGUCAUGCAUCACCUUCUGGCAGAACUAAGCCUACCAGCUUGCCAAUUAGCCAGAGUAGGGGAAGAAUACCAAUUGUGGCCCAGAAUUCUGAAGAAGAGAGUCCACUCAGUCCUGUUGGCCAGCCAAUGGGGAUGGCCAGGGCUGCAGCUGGACCCCUUCCACCAAUAUCUGCAGACACCAGGGAUCAGUUUGGAUCAAGUCACUCAUUGCCUGAAGUUCAGCAACACAUGAGAGAGGAAUCACGGACUCGAGGCUAUGACCGUGACAUAGCGUUCAUCAUGGAUGACUUCCAACAUGCCAUGUCAGACAGUGAAGCCUAUCACCUGCGUCGUGAAGAAACAGAUUGGUUUGACAAACCCAGGGAGUCUCGUUUGGAUAAUGGACAUGGUCUGGAUAGAAAACUACCAGAAAGAUUGGUCCACUCUAGACCACUCAGUCAACAUCAAGAGCAAAUUUUACAGAUGAAUGGAAAGACCGUGCACUACAUCUUUCCUCAUGCAAGGAUAAAAAUAACAAGAGACUCUAAGGAUCACACAGUUUCAGGUAAUGGAUUAGGAAUUAGAAUUGUGGGUGGUAAAGAAAUCCCUGGACAUAGUGGAGAAAUUGGAGCCUAUAUUGCCAAGAUCCUUCCUGGGGGAAGUGCAGAACAGACAGGGAAACUUACGGAAGGGAUGCAAGUAUUGGAAUGGAAUGGAAUUCCUUUAACUUCUAAAACGUAUGAAGAAGUGCAGAGUAUCAUUAGUCAGCAAAGUGGGGAAGCAGAAAUAUGUGUAAGACUGGACCUCAAUAUGCAAUCAGAUUCUGAAAAUUCCCAACACCUGGAACUUCAUGAACCACCAAAAGCUGUGGAUAAAGCAAAAUCCCCAGGGGUUGAUCCUAAGCAGUUGGCAGCAGAGCUCCAGAAGGUUUCGCUACAGCAGUCACCACUGGUUCUGUCGUCUGUCGUGGAAAAAGGAUCUCACGCGCAUUCGGGUCCUACAUCAGCAGGUUCCAGCUCCGUUCCCAGUCCUGGGCAACCAGGCUCUCCCUCCGUGAGCAAAAAGAAACACAGCAGCAGCAAGCCUACUGAUGCAACGAAGGUUGUCUCUCAUCCAAUUACAGGGGAAAUUCAGCUUCAAAUCAACUAUGAUCUUGGAAAUCUCAUAAUACAUAUUCUUCAAGCAAGAAACCUAGUCCCUCGAGACAACAAUGGUUAUUCUGACCCCUUUGUUAAAGUGUACCUUCUUCCAGGGCGGGGUCAAGUCAUGGUUGUCCAGAAUGCAAGGAUACUAUCCAAAUCUCUCAGAUUGCUCAAGAAGAAAACACUGGAGGUGACAGUCUGGGAUUAUGAUAGAUUUUCUUCAAAUGACUUUCUUGGUGAGGUACUGAUUGAUUUAUCUAGCACCUCCCACCUCGAUAACACUCCUCGGUGGUAUCCCCUCAAGGAGCAGACCGAGAGCCUAGACCACGGCAAGCCCCACCCCAGUCAGAGCAGCCAGCGGUCUCCAAAGCCAUCCGUCAUCAAAAGCAGAAGCCACGGGAUCUUCCCGGACCCAUCCAAGGACAUGCAGGUUCCCACCAUUGAGAAAUCCCACAGCAGUCCAGGUAGCUCGAAAUCCUCAUCUGAAGGCCACCUGCGCUCCCAUGGACCAUCUCGCAGUCAAAGCAAAACCAGUGUCACUCAGGCCCACCUGGAAGACGCAGGGGCUGCUAUAGCCGCUGCUGAAGCCGCCGUGCAACAACUCCGCCUUCAACCCACGGCACAUGAAAGCAGUCAGUCUAAUCAUGCCAGGAAUCAGCACAGACACAGCAUAGCGGGCGUCCUCCCCAUUCAAAGAACUCAGUGUGAUAAUCUGCCUCCACCAGCCAAUGGCAUCCAAGACCACAGCCAGCUAGCCCUCAGCAAGGUGAUGUCUGAUGGACCAGUCAAGCCAGAAGGAGCCAAGCCCGCCACUCACCGGCCUGCGGAGAGCUCGGCGUCCGGCCCCACGGGCGGCAGCUUCGGGAGCGGGCACGGCGCGGACAGUGAGGCAGGCGGCGGCGCCGCGGGGGACGCCAACCUGUUUCCUCUUCCAAGGAUAGGGAAGAUGGGGCAGAAUGGGCAAGAUCCUGUAAAACAACCAGGAGUAGGAGUGGGGCUAGCAGACACUGAAGUUAAAACUCAGGUAAUGGGAGAAAUCAAGAUUGCAUUGAAGAAGGAAAUGAAGACAGAUGGUGAACAACUAAUAGUCGAAAUUCUCCAAUGCAGAAAUAUCACCUACAAAUUUAAAUCUCCUGAUCAUUUACCAGAUUUAUAUGUAAAAAUAUAUGUGAUAAACAUCUCUACCCAAAAAAAGGUGAUCAAGAAAAAAACAAGAGUGUGUAGACAUGAUCGAGAGCCUUCAUUCAAUGAAACUUUUAGAUUCAGCCUAAGUCCUGCUGGACAUUCUCUUCAGAUUUUACUUUUCUCCAAUGGAGGGAAAUUUAUGAAAAAGACCUUGAUUGGCGAAGCCUGUAUCUGGCUUGACAAAGUGGAUCUCAGAAAAAGAAUAGUCAACUGGCACAAACUUUUGGUCAGUCCUACUCAAACUCAUUGAAGAAAUAUGUCUGCUCAGGGUAUAGAAACUUACUCUAAAUAAUUUCAAAUCAAGACUACGGCUGGAGACUAUUGUACUAUGUUUUCAGAGUAAACAUGACAGGAGAAACAACAGGCAGAAUAGUUAAAGCCUUAUAAACGUAUUGUUGUGGAACAUAGAAAAAAAACUCAAAUAAAAAGUUCAUAUAUUGGGGACAAAAAAAAACAAGCUCUGAGACCCUGGAUUUCUUGGGGCUGUCAAGAAAAAUAGAGAGAAAAAUGUUGAUUACUUAAUGCAAAAAUCUUGGAGCAGAGUUGAUCUGUCACUAAAGGCAGAGGCUCAAAGAUUAAUAUGGUUUCUAACGCAAAAGUAAUCCUUUAUACAAAGGAACCUUGGUUGAAAGUCAAGAACUGAUGUAACAAAUCUAUUUUCAGAAGUCUAAAAAUCUAUUUUACUCACCUCCUCAGACAACUUAAUGUUUUGAGAUUCUGAAAAAAAAUACAUCUACAAUAUGGGUCCAAGGCUAGAAGUAAGGUGGUUGUGUUCAAAAGAAAAGAACUGGACUUGUAAAAAUUAUGGCUUUUAGACCAUAUGGUACAGUUUUUCUCUGUGUCUAAAUGUUACAAGGGUGAACAAGACCAGUUUUGGUAUCCAUGUUGUAAAAGCACAUUUGUAUAAUUUGAAAUUAUGUAGAGUGAAGAUAAUACUAAGUGGAAAUGGAGUUACAUUUAUCUAGAAAUAAAGCCGUGACUGGCUAACAAAGAAUGUUGUCCCAUAACACAUAGCAACCUAGGUUGAAAAUAUCAAAAUCUCCAUAAUUUACUCUUAAGCCAAGACAUAUUCAAUCUACAUACCAAAGGACAUAGAUUAAAUUGGUAUGUUCUAGGAAGCAUGAUAACUUGUUCUUUGUGGAACUGCAAAUAAAUGUGUUAUCCCACACAUUUCCUUUCUCCAGAGUGAUAUACUGAAAGAGAGAAAAUUCUUCCUCUGGCAAACAAAUAAUAUUGAUCUGUGACAUUAAUUAAAUUGAUGUUAUUUCCUGCUCUUCCAUAAUUUUAGUUUCCCUUAACACAUUAACUGAUUGUAUAAUGAAAACCCUGACACCAAAGUCCACUUCCCUACUUCCCUCUAGUGCUCCAUUUUCCUCUUUUAGUGAUGACAUCACAGUGGAAUCAACUUCAUCAAUGUUGGGAAAAUAUGUGAAACGUCAACAUUAUAUUGAAGUUAUUACAAUAUAAUUUGAGCUAUUUUAGUAAUAUAGAAUAAAAGGGCCAAUGUCUAAGUCAUUAAACGGAAGCAUCCUCUCCUCCAUCGACCAACAGUAUUAACAAAGGAAGUAACAUGGGGUUGUAGGAAACACACUCAGCUGGGAUAAAACGCCUGGCUUCUGAUCUGGGUCCUGCCAAUGACUGUGUCCCCUUACACAUGGCACUUAAACUCACAUUUCCCCAGUUUUCUUAUUUGUACGAUAAAAAUAUUUAUCUAUUCCUAGCCUUCCUAAUGGGAUGUUGGGACGAUGAAACUAAGUGAUUAUUGAGAAAAGAUGAAAGCACAUUUCCAAAUAUACUUUUAUAUACAUAAGUGAGGAAUAAUUAUUAUGCAGCAUUUUACUUCGCAAAUGUUAUAUGUGAGAAAGCACUCUGCAAACCAAUGGCAAGCAUUGACAAGGAUAAAAGCAGUAUAUUAGCUCCAAAACUAAUUUUUUUCUUUAAAAUAUGAACCGUCAUUUAAUUUGAAAAAAGGUGAAAAAUUGAAAGAAAAUUAUUUGUAAGCUGAGUUAUUAUAAAUUAAAUGAAUUAUACUGUUUUUAUCCUAUUCCCAUAUCCUACCCCAAAAUAAAUUAAAUUGUUUCUCAGAUCAUUUUGAGUUUAGAAACUGCUUUUUUAUUCAAGGGUGAGGUUUUAGUGGAUUUAGAUAAAUUAUCUCCAAAUAUUUGGUUGGAUACUGAAUUUUCUCAUUUUUAAAGUAAACCAUUCCUUAAGUUUGAGAGGAACUGAUUAAAUGUAAAACAUUAAAAAUAAAAGAAUAUCUAAUAAAUCCCAGGCCAUAUAUCUUUAUUAUAGUCAUAAAGAAAUAACCAAUUCACUUUUCCCCAAUCUAAGAAAGGUGACAGUCACUUUUUCCCUCUACUUUUUAUCCCUCUCCCUUGGCAACACAGUCAUUUACCACUGAUUUUGCUCUAACAUGAGCAUGUGAAGAGAGGAUCUCUAAAGAUUUCAUAUUGCUAGGACUUUAUUUUUAGAUAUGACUAGAUCUGCUGAUGGUUGCCAUGGAUAUUUCCAGCAAAGUUAGCAUUUUAGGAACUUAUAAUCAUCACUCAGCAUUGGGGAAGAAAAAGGUUCAGGAAAAUCUCCUUUUGACAUAAAAAGGCUCUGCUAUUUGCCCUUAAAAGGAAACUCUGGCUCACCUGAGAUCCUCUUCUGCAGCACUUACCUCCAAAGGUGUGCAUGAGAGGUUGUAUGACCAGUUUCUUUAUUUCAUUCCAGUUGCAAUUCUUUUUUAGAAUAAUCCAAAUGGAGGUACCACCAAAACAAAGAUCAUCCCUUGGUAGCUAUUUGACCCAAAAAGAGUAGGAGUCUUUCCACUUGGUACAGAGGUGCCCCUCUGUACCAAGGCACUAGCAGUGGGGCCAGGUCAAUCAAGAGAGCUAACGAUAGGGCUUCUUUUUGUGCACCAGCAUCCCCCUAUGGAGAAUAUAAGAUCCUGCCAAAGUGUGCCAAGUUUGCAGCUGACCAAACUCCUAGGUUGUACUGGAAUUAUUCUAUGCAACACUAAUUCUUAAAUGAGUGCAUUUCUUCUGAAUGAUGUUGAUAACCCUUCUUACAACAAAACUAUUUCUUUUUUAAUUGCAAAUAGGGCUCUUGGUAUUUUUUACUUUUUUGUAUAUAUCACAGUACAUAAUUUUCCACUUUUUAUUUCAUUUUAUUUUAUUAGAAUCAGCUUUUUUUUAAUCCGACUAGCGACAAAGUUUGUAAUCUCUAAAUAACAUGUGAUUAGUCCAAUUACAGCACCUAUACCUUGAGAAGCAUCAUAAUGUCUCCCACAGUUAUGCAGAGUCAUCAGAGACUGAAGUUGCUUCUUGGUUUAAAACCUGGUCCUAAAGAAACUUACAGCUAUAGAAGCAAAAGCACAGAGUGAACUUUUGCAAAAGACAGGGAUUUAUAGAAUGGUCAUUACAGACAUAGAGAAUAGUAACAAGAAGUUGGUGUUUUCCCUGUUUUUACUUAAAAUUAAGGAGAUUUUGGGUGACUUUGAACUCUUUAUUUACCAUUUCAGUUUAGAAGAACCGUAUCCAAGACUAAGAGACAGUGAUUGUCUUUGCUGCUUAAAGUUGCCCGUAUUGUAAUUAAUCACACUAAUAAACGUAUAUUUUCAGCAUAUCAAUGGGGUUAAUUUGUGGAUCACACACAUUAAAAUAGUCAUAUUGUGGGAAUAUUAUAGCUGGUAACCAGCUGAUAUUGAUUCUUAUUAUUGGAACGGUUGUGAUGAUAGUGGUGAUAGCAGUAGUGACAGUAGGCUGGUGGUGAUGUGAAGUGAAAUAAAAGCAUAUACUAUAUCGUGCCCAAUUUAUUAGAAAUUAUUUGAUCAAUGUUUCAUUUCAUUAAGAUAUCAUAAAGAUGUUUAUAGUAUUUUUUUACUUUAUUAUUUAAAUCAUAACUAACAAUAUUUUUGAAAGCUUAUUUUCAUUGCUACAAUGUCUAAUAUUCCAAAAGCAGCCGACUACAGCUAUAUAUGUGUUUAUAACUCUAUGUGUGACAGAGUAAUCUCCCUCUAUUUGGGCUUGAGAUGGAAGUGAAAGAAAGCUCAAUGAAUAAUUAUGAGCUGCCUCUUUAAUAAUCACUUGCUUUUGAUAUUAUACAAGAAUGAAUGGGUGAAACAGAUAUUCUCAUUGAAUAUGACACAUUGAUGUUUUCUGUAUGUUCCAUGUUGUUGUUGUUACUAAAGAUACCCAUUAAGUCAAAAUCAUUUAUUCAAAUGAUUCCUUACCUGAUAGGUAGAUUGAGAGUAUUCUCUUAAUUUGUUACCCUGUAAAUAACUAUACAGUUGGCAAAAUAGACAGAGUUGAAAUAUUAAUUUCGUUUGGCAUUCAGCAUGUGAAUACGAUUAUCAUUUGAUCGCAUCUGUAUCUUUGUUGGUGAUGUGCUCAGGUGCUCCCACUACCGAUCAAUGUGUGUGCUGAUAUCCUAACAAAAAACACAUCUGAUGUUAAAGAAAAAAAAAUUCCUGUCUGGCAAAAUAAAAACCGAACAAAAUUGAUUUCAAAAUAAAAAAGAAAGUACUUGGAGAUAUGUCUUGUUUCUAACUACAUGUUGCAUGCGGUGUUGGUGAUUUGCUAAUGUGUUCUUUUUUUCUGUCCUACCCAAAUCUCUCUGGAAAACCUAAUGAACAAAUACAAAUUCUUGGGCUAAAGGUUGUAUAAACUGAGCUGAAAAACAUGGGAAUUGUAUUAAAAAAAUGCUUGUAAAUCUGUCUUGAGUUUUCUCUACGUAAAAAUCUGUCUUGGUUUUGUGAUUGUAUACAAGAUGUAUCUUGAUAACUUAUACAAAUUGUGCUGUAUAAAGGCUGUUGUCUCAGCCUUACUAAUAAAUAUUGA